UUCCCCUUUAGUGCUUUUUCACUAGACGAAAGUACACUAUGACUCACACUGUACCAAAGAGGAGGUUGUAGGUACCUACAUACGUUGAUCACGUGUGUUUUAAAUUCUGUGUUUACUUAUAAUAUUUUAAUUUUUAUUUAAACUUUAUGAUUUGUACAAUGGGGAAGACAUAGUGAAAAGAAUAUCCAGUUACCUGGUUAUUCUUACUUGUGUAUUACAUGAAUUAUUUACUCCCCAGUGUUUCAUUUAAUUGAAAGAUGAAUGAAAGAUCUAUAUAUAUACAAUAAUGUUUACUUCUAUAAUGAAUUAUUAAAAACUCUUUUCAGAAACAUGAUUUAUAAUUACGUGAUUAUUUAUAUAAUAUUUGAAUAAUGAAUUUUAAUUGUACAUAUACGAUUAUUUGAUUUGUAAAUAAGAAAAUGAUAAAAUAAUUUAUAAUGAAUCAUGAUCAAGAAUUAUAAAAAGAUGUAUACAUGUAUUAUUGUUUAAUUAUGAAUGAAAAUUAUAUGGAUCAUAUUAAAAAAUCCAUGUACAGUGAUUACACACAAUGAAAUCAUUAAAUUAAAAAUAACAAAAUGCAAUCCAUUAAUAAAAUGCCAUCCUUCGGGGAUAAUACACUAUCUGCCUGUAUUCAGGCUGAAAUGAAAAAUAUGGAUAAUAUUUAUAAUGGCAGUGAUAUAGAAAAAUAUUUUAAAGACAAUAUGUCUGGUUCUAAACCAAUGAAUAAUUCAAACAGUAUUGAUAAAAAAACUCACUCAGAAUUAAAUAGUGUAUUAUGUAAUUCAAUGAAUAUUAAAUCUACUUUGAAUCAGAAUAAUUCAAAAUGUGAAGAAUCUAAAACUAGAAAUGCUCUAAAAUUGAGGGCUAAUAGCAAAACUAAUACAUCUAGCAGAUCAAAAAUUAGAAGUACUACUUGUAUAACAAGAAACUGUAGUUCAUCUAAAGUUGGUAAAGAAAAUGUAAACAUUAAUUACUUGAAAAGUGAUAUUUCUUCAGAAACAAAUACAUUAUUAAAACAAUGUAAUAAAUCUGAAUUAUCAACUUUGCAUACUAAUAACAACAGUAUUAAAAUUAGUGCUUCAUCCAGAACAACAAAUAAUACAAACAAUUUAAUAUUAUCUAACAGUAGGGGUACAAUAAAUAUUGGAGAUAAAUCAUCAAUCAUAGUUCCUUCUGUUUCUAUUAUUAAUACUCAAGAUAGAUGCAAGUUAGCUUCUUGGGGCUUACCACCAAAUAUUCUUCAGAAAUAUGAAGCACGAGGAAUAACAAAUAUGUUUCCUUGGCAAGUAGAAUGUUUAUCAAAUCAUAAAGUUAUUGAAGAGCAAUGCAAUCUUGUAUAUUCUGCUCCAACAUCAGCUGGAAAAACCUUAGUAGCAGAGAUUCUUAUGAUAAAAACAAUAUUAGAAAGACACAAGAAAGCAAUUUUUAUCUUGCCAUUUGUUUCUGUUGUUAGAGAAAAAAUGUAUUAUUUUCAAGAUUUGCUGUCUGACAGUGGAAUUCGUGUACAAGGAUUUAUGGGUGGUAUUGCUCCUCCAGGAGGAUUUUCUGCUACUCAUGUUGCAAUAGCAACAAUUGAAAAAGCCAAUUCCUUAAUAAAUCGUUUAAUGGAAGAAAAUGAGAUAGUUAAUUUAGGAGCUGUAGUUAUAGAUGAAUUACAUCUUGUUGGUGAUCCGCAUCGUGGAUAUCUUCUUGAAUUACUGUUGACUAAACUAAAAUAUAUGACUGUUAGGGAUGAAAAUAUAAAUAUAAAAUUGAUUGGUAUGUCUGCUACACUUCCAAACUUAUCUCUUUUAGCCAACUGGUUGAACGCUGAACUGUAUAAAACGGAAUUUAGACCUGUCCCUUUGAAUGAACAGUGCAAAAUAGGUAAAAAUAUUUAUGACAAUAAAUUACAUCUAAUCAGAACUCUAAUAUCAAUGCCAGAACUAACAACGGAUUCAGGAGAUAUUAUUCACUUAUGUAUCGAAACAAUAUCUGAUGGGCAUAGUGUACUAAUUUUUUGUCCAACAAAAAAUUGGUGUGAAAAACUAGCUGAACAAAUAGCUGUUGCGUUCUAUAAAUUAGGCCGAGGCGAUACGAAACUUGCAGAAAUUUUAAGACAUCAGUUAGAUUCUACAUUAAUUUCCGAGACAUUGGAGCAAUUAAAACGCAGUCCAAUAGGUUUGGAUAAUGUACUAAAAAACACAGUUUCAUUCGGAACAGCUUUCCAUCAUGCUGGACUUACUAUGGAUGAGCGUGAUAUCAUAGAAGGAGCUUUUAGAUCAGGAUCGUUAAGAGUUCUUGUUGCAACAUCAACUUUAAGUAGUGGAGUAAAUUUACCAGCAAGAAGAGUAAUUAUCAGAUCUCCAAUGUUUAAUGGGAAACUAUUAGAUAGUCUUACCUACAAACAAAUGAUAGGGCGUGCAGGUAGAAUGGGAAAAGACACAGCAGGAGAAAGUAUACUUAUUUGUGAACCAAGCGAACGAGAAGCAGCUGAAGCAUUAUUAUCAGCCAGUCUGCAACCUAUUGAAUCCUGUCUUGAAGAUUCAGGCCCCUUAAUUAGAGCUCUUUUAGAAGCUAUAGCUAGUGAAGUUGUAUAUACUCCAUCAGAUCUUGAAUUAUACACUAAAUGCACUUUAAUAAGUUUAGAUAAUGAACAUGACUCAAAAGAUCCUUCAAAUGAAGCAAUAAAAUUUUUAAUAGACAAUGAAUUCUUGUUACUACAAAACACAGAAGAGGGACAUAGAUGGACUGCUACAGCUUUUGGAAAAGCAUGUUUAGCAGCUUCUAUACCACCUAGAGAGGGUUUGUUUCUACUAGAAGAACUUCGGAAAGCUAGACGAUGUUUUGUUUUAGACACUGAAUUACAUGUAGUAUAUUUAGUAACUCCUAUCAGCUCUGGAAAUCAAAUUGGAACUAUCGAUUGGAUGACUUUUAUGGAAUUAUGGAAAAUGUUAUCAGAAAGUGAACGUAGAGUUGGACAACUUGUUGGUGUAGAAGAGCGAUUUUUAACAUCAGCUAUUCAGGGCAUAGUGCGACCAGGAAAAUCGCUUAAUAUACAUAGAAGAUUUUAUACCGCGUUAGCUUUACACGACUUGGUUCGUGAAGUUCCUCUUAGCACAGUUUGUAAAAAGUACGGUUGUUGUCGUGGAAUUCUUCAAAGUUUACAACAAUCUGCAUCUACAUUUGCUGGAAUGGUCACACAAUUUUGUAAACAAUUAGGCUGGGACUGCAUGGAAUUAUUAGUCUCACAAUUCCAGGCCCGUUUACAAUUUGGUGUUAGUAGAGAAUUAUUAGACUUAUUACGCCUUCCAAUGUUAAAUGGAUUGCGUGCUAGAAAUCUUUAUAAACAAGGAAUUACAUGCGUAGCAGAUUUAGCUGUUGCUAAUGAACUUGAUGUUGAACGAGCACUUCAUAAAGCUCUUCCUUUUGAAAGCGAAAAAGAACACGAUGGUGAGCAUGAAUCGGAAGCGAUGAAACGAAAUAAAAUGAGAACAGUAUUUGUUACUGGCAGAGAUGGCUUAACACCUCAUGAAGCAGCUAUCAUGUUGGUACAUGAAGCUAGAGCAUUAGUUGCGAACGAACUGAAAUUGCAAGAUAUGUCAUGGAAGCAAACUGAACAAUGUAUUAUUGGGAGUGAAUCUCAUACAGAAACAAAUUUACAACAAAGUAAAUUUCAUACUACAACAAAUACCAAUAUACAUACAAAGGCUGAAACUUCUGUAUGCAAUAAUUCUGAAAUUAACAUUAAUUCAGGUGAUAAACUAUUUAAAGAGAAAAAUGAACAAAAUUCAUGUUCAAUAAUUACAAAGAAUUUUGGUCCCAUUAAUGAAGAAAACGAAAUUUCAAAGGUGUUAGAUAAAAUUGAAACAUUUGAAGCUGAUAUAAAUAUCUCUAAUAAAGUUGAAAAUACGAAAGAGUCUAACAAUAAGUGUAAUUUAGAAAAUGAUGUGUCGCAAGAAAAUAAGAAUCAUAUUACAAAACCUACUGAUCAAUUAUUGCAAUUAGAUAUUCCAGAAAUGUUUAAUUCCUCAAAUGGGAAACUUUCUUUUGAUUUUUUUGAAGAAAGUAGUCCCAAAAUACCACAUGAUAUUCUACAAAGGCGAAGUAAUGAAUCAUUGAUUACUUUCAAGGAUAAUAAAAAAAAUCGUACUCAAAACAUUACUGUUAAACAUUCAAUAGAAGCGAUACAAAAAUCUCAAAAUAAAAGCGAAGUACCUUGUAAAAAAAUUAGAACUUCAGAUAAAACAAAUACUGCCACACCAGUUUGUGUAAAUAUAAUGACUCAUAUGUUGAGUUUUGAGAAAGAUGUAAAGUCAUCACCAAUUUCAAGAAGCCCUAGUCUGUUUGACGAUAGUCUGAAUCUCGAUACACAAAUUUGUAAUGUUCUUGAACAAAAUAUUGUCGAUUCUUUGCAUUUUUCAGAAUUUGAAGAAACUAAAUCAUUCGAACAUAAAGUAGUAACGGAAAGUAAAGUAUCCACAGAUUUACAUAUUACUAGCAAUGGUAAUAAUAAAAUCCAAACAGAUAGAGAUAGAAGUGCAUUGAAUUUUACAAGUCCAAAGAAUAAUACAUUUUUCUGGAAGGAUGAUUCGUGGAACGAAUCAAAGAAAAUUAUUGAAAAAGUAAAUCAAGUUAAUGUUCAAAAUAAAGAAGAUCGAUUAGUUAAACAUAAUGCUAGAAGUAUAAAAAAUACAAAUUUGAAAAGUAUUGUAAAGCCUGGAGUAAUUAAUUCUACACCAGAAAUUAAGAAAAAAUAUGACAAGAAAUUAGAAAAUUUGAUGGAUAUUUCUGACGAUUUAAUGAAGAUAUCACAAAAGCGUAGAUUUAAAGAUAUAGCAGUUGCAAAAUCGCCUAUGGCAAAUGUAGUUGUGUUUAGUAAAAGUCGUGGAGGAUCAUUAGAUUCAAACAAAUCUGAUUCAGAUGAUAUUAUUGUCGCUUCGCAAAAUAUUAAUUCACCUGCUACAAGUAUCAAAAUAAGAAGUAAAUUAGAUUCUGAAAGAAAGCAAAAGCUUUGUACUCAAAAGACUACUAAAAGUACACCUAUCAGUAUUAAAAAGACACAUACCACUGCAGUUUCAAAAACGCUCCAAAUUGAAAAACGCAAUAUUACACAGAAAUUGAAUGAAAUAUUUACCAGAAAAGUAUUAACUAGUAAAGACUGCAGUACAGAUAGUGUGAUCUCAAAUUCAGAUGAAGAUACCCCUGCAAAAUCAAUGAAAAUAUUACAGAAAUCUCAAGUAAAUGUAAAAAGAGGUCAAAACAAUCCCGAAGCGUGCUUACAAACUAACGACCUUGUAAGUAAAAUGAAUAAUUGGAAUACACUAAAUAUUGUCAAAGUUGGAAGCGAUAGAAGCACAUUUAAUUUAUUUAAACGUGAAAUAAUGCAGAAACGGUAUAUAUCUUUAGCUUUGAAUUGUGAAAUGCAUAUUGAUGAUGAAAAUAAUAUAGGUUCCAAAAUUAUUGGUUUCACUAAUUCUGAGAAGAAAAAAAAAUCUAAGAAAGUAGAAAAAUACGCUCAUGAUAAUAAAAAGUUAAACGGUGUUGCUAUUGCUUGGGAAAGCAAUAUUGCAUAUUAUAUUUCUUUCUCCAAUGAGCAAGAUUUAAAAGUCCCAGUUAAAGAACAAAUAAAACUAUUGAGAAGCAUACUUUCUAAUACAUUUUUAUAUGUAAAGUGCUUUGCAACUAAGGAAAUAUUUAAGACUUUGUACGAAUGCUGUGGUAUUUUUGCAUGCUGCAGAUUUUUAGACCCGAAAGUAGCACAUUGGUUGCAUGAUAGCAGUGUUUAUGAAAAAACUUUUAAUGAAAUGGUAGAAGAAUAUUUUCCACAAGGUCGUUUUAUAACAAAAAGAAUACCUGCAUGUUAUGAUACAGGACCUGGACUAAAUAUUAAAAGUUCAAUUCCAGGAGAAUUUAGAGCAUCUGCUGAAGUUGUACUUACAUGGCACAUGACAGAUAAACUUUUAGAUAAAUUAGAACAAGUACAUUCAACAUUACCACGUACGUUUAAAGAUAUUGAAAUGAGAAUAAUAAUUUCACUAGCUUGCAUGGAAUUAAAUGGAUUAGGUGUAUCUUUAAAUUCAUUACAAGAUUUAUCUUCUGUUAUACGUAAAGAAAUGAUAUCGUUAGAAGAACGAGCAUAUGCAUUGUGCGGGAAAAAAUUCAAUAUUUCUUCAUCGAAAGAAAUAAAAAAGAUUUUAGGAUUAUGUAAUGGGAAAAAGGUUGGUGUAAAUAAAGCUGUAUUAGGACAAUCUAAUCAUCCUAUAGCUAGCCUCAUUAUGUCAUGGCGUAAAUUAAAUGUAACUCAAACUAAGAUUAUCUAUCCAAUAUUAAACAUAGCUCAGCAUAGUUGCCGUAUCCAUUCUAACUGUGUUACGAAUACACUAACUGGUAGAAUAUCAAUGUGUGAACCAAAUUUACAAAACAUACCAAAGGAUUUUACUUCUGAAAAUGGUAGUUUUACUAUAAGUGUUCGAAUGGCAUUUGUACCUACUGUAGGCAAUGUUAUAUUAUCAGCAGACUAUUGUCAACUUGAAUUCAGAAUAUUAGCCCACUUUUCAAAAGAUAAAACAUUAUGUGAUAUUAUGAGUAAACCAGGUGAUAUUUUUAAAAAUAUCGCAGCAAAUUGGAAUCAUGUUUCUGAAGAUCAGGUCGAUGAUACUAUGCGUCAGCACACCAAACAAUUAUGUUACGGAAUGAUUUAUGGUAUGGGAAUAAAAUCACUUGCCGAAAAUUUAUCUGUGGAUGAAAUCAAAGCUAAAGAAUUCUUAGAAUGUUUUAUGAAUGCAUAUCCAGGGAUAUCUACAUGGUUGAAUAAUAUAGUAGAAGAAGCACGCGUAAGUGGAUAUGUAACAACCAUUUUUGAAAGACGUAGAACGCUUCCCGCAUUAACGAGUACAAAUGGAGCAGAGAAAUCACAAGCAGAACGUCAAGCAGUAAAUACUAAAAUUCAAGGUUCUGCAGCUGAUAUCACAAAAAAAGCAAUGGUAAAUAUUGAAGAGAAAAUACGAUCUGAAUUUCCAACUUCAGUAGUUAUUAUGCCCACUGUUAAUUCUAUUCGGAAACUAAGAAGUAAUAGUAGGGAAGCACAGCAAAGUGGCGGUUUUUUAAUAUUACAACUUCAUGAUGAAUUAUUGUAUGAAGUAAAUAUCAAAGACUUACGACAAGUGGCAACAAUAGUAAAAGAAUCAAUGGAACAAGCAUGCCAACUUGUAGUUCCACUACCAGUAAAACUCAAAGUUGGUUCUGCAUGGGGAGAUCUUUGCGAAUAUAAUCUUUGAUGUUAAUUUAAUAACUCUUUUUACUGAUAAUAGUAAUAUAUGUGUAUAUAUAUAGUUU